AUGGGAAAUGUAGAGUCGGGUAUAUCAGAUGAGUAUAAACGAGUCAAUAAGAAUGAUAAGUCAUAUAUAGUACUGGAUGAACUUCUAGAGAUGCAACCACCUAGAGAAUGUACGAUCGAUACCAGCCAUCUGGGGACUUUGUUUGCGAUUGAUCGUCGUCUGACGGGGAGGUUCUACGAGUGCGAUAUAUUAGAGUUCACAAGGCUGUACGCCACACAGCUACAACAGAAUGGUGGCAAGGAUGACUUUCAAUCAAAGUUCCAAGCCUAUUGUACCCUAAAGAUGUGGAAUGAGAUAUCAAAGCCAGAGGGUUCCGAUGUCUUUGUUGAAUGGUUCUCCAAACUGUUCACAGAGAAUCCAAGCUACAUCCAAUCAUUCAAACAUCAUCCAGACACAUUAUUCUUGACAAGUGAUGCAAUCAAGAAAAUGUACCAAAUAUUGUCAAUUAAGAACUAUUAUGGUGGAGACUUUAGAAGUUUCUUUGAUUUGAUGCAACGAUCGGCUGAGGAACAAGGCUUUAUGAAGUUGGAUGAGGAUGAGUUGGACGAUGUUAUACCCUUGGUCAUCCUCAAGCACUUUUCAAAGGACUUUAUCACUGGAUUUGUAAAGCUAAUGUCCGAACUUGGAUUCCAACCAGAUAUGCUUAUU